AUGCGAGAAGGAAGAGGAGGACCCCCAGUACAAAGCAAACAUAUUGGAACACUUGAACAAAGUUUUGUAAUUAUUGAAUGUUACAAUUUAAAAGAAAAAUUAUCUUUUGACAAAAAGGAUAUGCAAUUAUUGUUUCAAAUGAAACAAAUAGUUCAUGAUAAUAUAAACCCAUUUUUGGGUGUUUGUGUUGACAGACCAAAUGAAUUAAUGGUUAUUUGGAGAUAUUGUUUUAGAGGAACUUUGGAGGAUUUACUCUUUCCUAUUAAUAAUGAAACAGCACCAGGUGCUCCAGGAGGUAUAGGUGCUAGUGUUGCUUCUUUAACUAGCGAAGAAGGUGUUACCAUUAGAACUAGAAGAAAUGAUUCUAUUGAUAUAAAUUUUAAAAGUGCUUUUGUUAGGGAUAUUAUUAAAGGUCUAGAUUUCGUCCACAGCUCUUCUAUAGGGUAUCAUGGAGCAUUAACCUCUUCUCGUUGUUUAAUUGAUAGUCAUUGGAUUUUGAAAUUAUCUGGUUUUGGAACUUCCCGGAUGCUUUACAAAUGGCGUUUUAAUAAUACACUUAGUAAUGGUGAUAGACAAUUUAUUCAGCCAUUAAUUCCAAAUAAUGAAUUACAUUAUUAUGCUCCUGAAUUUCGUACAGCUAUUAGAGCAGCUGUUUUAAGAAAUAAAGUGGAAGAUUUGGAAUUUUCAAAUUCGGAUGGCCAAACCUAUGAUAUGUAUGCAUUUGGUGCUAUUUUAUAUGAAAUUCUUUACAGGAGGAGGUAA